UUAGUUUAACGAGACAGAAAUGGCAAUGGCGAAUUUCAACGGUUUCUGUGAUGGAAUUGAAGGUGAGCCAGAGAAAUAGAGCAGACCGUUUUUCUCUCCUCCCCAAGUUGCUCCCACAACCCACUCUCCCUUCUCAAACUCACAGAACUUGGGCUUACGCUAAAAGAUCAUCGAAGAAUCAAUUCGGAGCCGUUGCGCUGAGAUGGAGGUUUCAACUUCAGGAUAUACCCAGAGAUCAAUCCUUCACUAAGCACCACUUUGUUCGUAUUGUCGAAGGAUGUCAAUUGGGUAGGGGCGAGACGUUCACUUCGAUUUUGAAGCAGAAUGGAGUUUCUACACAUUCCAUUGUCAUAGUUAAUAGGAAGAUAGGGGACACCGAUCUAGAACACAAGGGGCAGGAUAGCAAGAUUCGAAAUCCUCUAGCGAUUAGAGAUGUAUAUCAAUUGCAAGAAAAGCUUCAGAGUUCUUUAAAUGGACUUCAGAACUAUAAAAAGCUUUUCUUGCACGUCUCCCCUCGUCUACCUCCUGCUAGAACCACUAGUUUUAUAGUUUUGGUUCCUCUUAUAGUAUUUUGUGCCAGAUGCAUAAUUGGUGCUUCUUAUGCUAGAGUUUCCAAAACAUCAAAGCUUAAAACUAUUGAUAAAUCAGAGGGAGAGCAUCACAAGUUUAGAAGCGGGCAUUGGAGAUCUGCUCUCCGCGAUAUAAGGGAACUAGAUGGUUUGGAUUCUGAGUCAUCCACAGAUCCUUCUGUAAGUAAUAGUCCUUCGGUAGAUGAACAGAUUUCAGUUGAAGAUUUGUCACAUGCUUACAAGAAACUGGACAAGGACUACGAAAAGUUUCUAUCAGAAUGUGGACUGAGUAAUUGCGGCUACUGGCGUGGGGUUCCCCGAGUCAAUAAGAAAGGAAUUCAUUGACUUCAAACUAAAAAAGUGGGUCAAUGCUAUGGACAAGGAGUUGUGAGUUCUCUAGGAGAAAGCGUAGAAUAGUUUUCCUUGUGUAUUCUGGUAGAGUAAAUCUUUAAACAAACCAAACUGAUGUAAUUAAGCUUGAAAUUGAACAAAAUUUAUGCAUAAUGCAUCCCAUUUACAACAA